AUGAAGAUAACCACAGUGCCAAUGCUUCUGACCCUAGCUGUUUGUCUCAUACAAGAUGCUGCCAGUGAAAAUGUAAAUCAGGAAACAUGCAGUGAAUUUCGAGCAUUGAUGAAAAAUGGAAAACUGUUCUGUUCCCAAGAUAAAAAACCUUCUCAAAGUCCUGAUGGAAUAGUGUUUGUCAACAAAUGUGCUAUGUGCAAAAUGAUAUUGGAAAAAGAAGCAAAAUCCCAGAAAAGGUCCAGGCUUUUAGCAAGAGUCUCCAGGGCUACUGCCCCAGGAAAGUUGAAUUGUGAUGAUUUCAAGCAAGGAGAAAGGGCUGGGGAUUUUAUCUGUACCCUUGGUGGUACAGCUGUCUGUGGCACAGAUGGGAAAACAUACAGUAACAGAUGUGCGCUGUGUGCUAUGAAUGCUGAAACCAGAGCUCAAGUUGGCAUAAAAAGUGAAGGAGAAUGUGAGAACAGUAAGCCAGAACAGGAUAUAUGUAGUGAUUUUCGGCCUUAUGUGAAGGAUGGAAGACUUGGAUGCACAAGGGAAAAUGACCCAGUUCUUGGUCCUGAUGGAAGGACGCACGGCAAUAAGUGCGCAAUGUGUGCUGAGCUUUUCUUAAAAGAAGCUGAAGAAAAUGCCAAGAGAGAAAAUGAAACUAGAAUUCGACGUAGUGCUGAAAAGGAUCUUUGCAAGGAAUUUGAAAACCAAGUGAAGAAUGGAAGACUUUUCUGUACACGGGAAAGUGACCCUGUCCGUGGCCCUGAUGGCAGGAUACAUGGCAACAAAUGUGCCCUGUGUGCUGAAAUUUUCAAACAGCAAUUUUCAGAAGAAAAAGCAGAUGAAAAGCCUGAUGAAAAAGUUAAAAGAGAUACUGAGAAACUGUGCAGUGAGUAUCGGGAUCGUGCCCAGAAUGGAGUACUCUUUUGUACCAGAGAAAACGACCCUAUUCGUGGGCCAGAUGGGAAAAUGCACGGCAACCUGUGUUCCAUGUGCCAAGCCUUCUACCAAGCAGAAGCAGAAGAAAAGAAAAAGGCUGAAGCAAGAGCAAGAAGUAAAAGAGAAUCUGGAAAAGCACCCUCAUAUGCAGAGCUGUGCAGCGAAUACCGCAAAUCCAGGAAGAAUGGACAGCUUCUCUGUACUCGAGAGAACAACCCCAUCCAGGGCCCAGAUGGGAAGAUGCAUGGCAACACCUGUUCCAUGUGCGAGGCCUUCUUAGGUGAGCAGGAGGAGAAAAAGGGGACUCAAGAGGAGAGAGACAGAUCUACGCAGUUAUCUGUUCCCAAAGUGUUCUCCGAACUCUGCAGUGAGUUUCGGAACCAGGUGAGAAACGGAAUGCUCAUAUGCACCAGGGAGAAUGACCCUGUCCGUGGCCCGGAUGGCAAAAUGCAUGGGAACAAGUGUGCCCUGUGUGCAAGCCUGUUCAAACUUGAAGAAGAGAAGAAAAAUAAUGGCAAGGAAGAAAAGGAUAAAGCUAGGUCUGUGAAAGUUAAGAGAGAAGCAGUACAGGAACUCUGCAGUGAGUUUCGGAACCAGGUGAGGAACGGAAUGCUCAUAUGCACCAGGGAGAAUGACCCUGUCCGUGGCCCAGAUGGCAAAAUGCAUGGGAACAAGUGUGCCCUGUGCGCAAGCCUGUUCAGACUUGAAGAAGAGAAGAAAAAUGCUGGCAAGGAAGAAAAGGAGAAAGCCGAGACUGAGAAAGUUAAGAGAGAAGCAGUAGAGGAACUGUGCAGUGAAUAUCGUAACUACAUGAGGAAUGGACAACUUCCGUGCACCAGAGAGAACGACCCCAUUGAGGGCCUCGACGGGAAAAUCCAUGGCAACACUUGCUCCAUGUGUGAGGCCUUCUUCCAGCAAGAAGCAAAAGAAAAAGCAGCAGCUAAAUCCAGAAAAGCUAAGAGAGAAGCUGAAAAGGAUGCAUGCAGUGAAUUUCGGAGCCUUCUUCAAAAUGGAAAUCUUUUCUGCACUCGAGAAAAUGACCCUGUGCGUGGCCCAGAUGGCAAGACCCACGGCAACAAGUGCGCCAUGUGCAAAGCAGUCUUCCAGAAAGAAGAUGAAGAAAGAAAGAGAAAAGAAGAGGAAGAUCAGCGGAAUGCUGCAGGCCAUGACUCCAGUGGUGGUGGACAAGGGAAAGCAAAGGACCAAUGUGCUGAGUAUCGGGAAAAAAUGAAAGAUGGAAAACUCAGCUGCACUCGCGAGAGUGAUCCUGUCCGUGAUGCAGACGGCAAAUCAUACAACAACAAGUGUACCAUGUGUAGAGAGAUAUUGCAAAGAGAAGCAGAGGGGAAAAACAAGCAAUCUGGCUACAGAUCAAAUGGGACUGAUUCAGCAUCAGAAAAGGAUGUAUGUGAUGAGUUUAGAAGUCAAAUGAAGAAUGGAAAGCUUAUUUGUACCCGAGAAAGUGACCCUGUACGUGGUCCAGAUGGCAAGACACAUGGUAACAAAUGUGCUAUGUGUAAGGAAAAGCUGGAAAGGGAAGCAGCUGAAAAAAAAAAGGAAGAGGAGGAAUACUUGAGAAACACAACCGGAAAGGACAAUGAAAAACAGGAUCAGUGUCAUGAAUUCCGGAACAUGGUGAGAGAUGGAAAGCUUAUUUGCACCAAAGAAAACAACCCUGUUCGAGGCCCAUAUGGCAAGAUGCAUGCCAACAAGUGUGCUAUGUGUCAGAGCAUCUUUGAGCGAGAAGCUAAUGAAAGAAAAAAGAAUGAAGAAGAAAGAUCAAGAGCCAAGCCCUCAAAUGAUGCAAAGGACCAGUGCAGAGAGGUUCGGAAUGAAGCAGAGGAUGGGAAGUUUAGACAGUCUGGGCGUUCCUUGGCCUCCAUUGCCAGGAUAAGUGCAGAUGAGUGCAGUAACUUUCGGCAGCAUGUGAGGAAUGACGAGCUCAUGUGCACGAGAGAGAAUGACCCUGUUCUUGGUGCUGAUGGAAAGUUAUACAAAAACAAGUGCUACAUGUGCAGACAUAUCUUUGAAAAAGAAGCUUUAGAAAGGAUAAGACUUGAAGAAAAACCAUCCCACUUUAGAUCUUCUGAAGAGGAAGACAGCUCAGAGUCUUCCAUUUCUUCUCUGAAUUCUGAGAUGUGCAAACACUACCGAAUAUUACCCAGGAUGGGUUACCUUUGUCCAAAGAAUUUACAGCCUGUCUGUGGUGAUGACGGCCAGACAUACAACAAUCCCUGCAUGCUCUGCCAUGAAAAUCUAAUACGCCAAACAAAUAUAUACAUACGCAGUAAAGGAAGGUGUGAGGAGAAUAGCGUCAAAGAAACAACACCUCUUGGUUUGCUCUCAGAGUUUGGAAGAAAUGUCUAG